AUGUUCUCUCGAGUUUUUAUUCGACCUAGUUCAUCUCACGCGGCUUAUCAAUCAAUAAAAUCAAAUGACGUGACUCAAAUAACUGCGGUUGAUGUUAUUUCUCAAAAAAGAAUAACACUUGAAAUAGAAGAAAGAAAGAGCGACACGAAAAAACGAUUUCGAAGGGAAUUUAAUCUUCCACCAAAAGCUCUGGAUGGCCUUCGAAGUGCUAUAUUAAAUUGUUCAAGAUCAGCGAAACAAUUACAAAAUGAAGCAGACCAAUUAACGCAACAAUUAGAGCAAAGAAAGUUUCCACAAUCUCCUUUGGCUCUCAAAAAAGUUCGAGAUGAAAUCAAACAGAAAAUCAAAAUGAGCAAAAAAGCCGGCGAUGAAGAAAUUCUCGAUGAUGAUAGCAGUCAGGUUAGUCAUAUUAUCAUUUAGAUAAAAAAAUUUUAAUCAAUAAAUUUUUAGGCACAAGCUCAACGGCAUAAUAUGCGAAAUGAAGUGGAUAAAGUUUUGAAGAAGUUUUCAUUCAACUGGAAGCCUUUAGAUAUUCAAUCGAAAGAAGCAGCUGCAUCUUACUGGCUUUCUCGUUUCGCCCCAAAUUAUGCUGAAAUCUCGAGAUGUUUAGAAGAACUCAAUCGAGAUUCUGAUUUUGUCCCACAAAGUGUUCUUGACUUUGGUUGUGGUUCGGCUUCAGCGUAUUGGGCUGUGACUUCAAAAUGGCCAGACGCGAAAAUUCACGAUUUCACGAUGGUUGAUUCUUCGGAUUCUAUGACUAGAUUUGCAAUUGAUACAAUUAUGGUAAUGGGGGGUUUUUUUUUGAAAAUACAUUUUAAAAAUAAAUAAUUGGUUUUCAGAAUCAUAAUAAUCCGGAAGAUGUUUCAUUCACCCAAAAGAAUAUAUUAUUCCGUAGAAGUUUAACAACUUCAAAAUCAACAAAUUAUGAUCUUGUAAUUGCACACCGUGUUUUAUGUGAGAUUGGAUCAUCUGAAUCGCGUCUCGAAAUAAUUGAGCAACUUUGGAAGAAGACAAACAAAUAUUUGAUUCUCGUCGAAUCUUCACAAUCAGCAGCAUUCGCUGCAAUUCUCGAAGCUCGCGAAUUCUUGUUGAAAGCCGGGAAUUGCGUGGAUUUUGAGAGAUUGUUGGGAGAACUUCAGGAGAAAAAUGAGUUGAGUCAAGAUGUGAUCGAAAUUGUGCGCAAUUCGAGUAUGAGUGAUUAUGAGAAAUAUGAAUUGCUUGCCGAAAAAUUGUGUCCAAAUAUUGUUGAGACAAUUCCGACACUUUUACCAAAAGCAACAGUAUUUGCGCCGUGUCCACAUGAUUUGAAAUGUCCAUUGGGGAUUAUGACACCGUGCACGUUUAUGACGAGGUUUCAAACAAUUCGAGCGGAUGGGAAACGAUCUGAAAGGUUAGUUAUUUUUUGGGGCGGGGGGGAUGGGAAUUUAAAAAAAUUGUGGCAUGUUUUAUUUAUUGCGAAAUAUUGCUUUGUUCAGUCCGUUUGCAUGCAAAAAACUCACAUACAUAACUCACUCAAAAAAUCGGAUACAGAAAAAAUAAAUUUUCAAAAAAUUUUGUUCCGGAAAUGGGCUUGCGGAGAAAAUUUUGACCAUGAUCUGAAUGUGGUAUUGCCAAUCUGGAAAAAUAUCAUCUGUGGAGCUCACGUACAGUAGACUAAAAAUGACAUGCACAAAAACUUUUUGGCAAAUUGCCAGCAUGAAAAUAGACUCCAAAAUUUCACGAAGUCUACUGUAGCCUUGUUAACCGAGUUCCAAUUUGGUGUAAAAAUGCAUGCCUAACUUUGUUUUUUCCUGCUUUUCUCAAUGUGUUGUUUUGUCGAUUUGUUUUGCUAACUCGUUUCAAUUUUUGCUUUUCCAAAUUUGAAAUUUCCAGAGAAAAAGAUGGAACUGAACAAUCCAAAUUCACCUUCAUAAUUUUCGAAAAAUCCCCGCGCCGCCUCGAUCAAACAUCGCCGGAUAGAAUUUUGAAAAAUCGAAAACUCGGUGGCCACGCUACAUGCGAUGUUUGCACAAAAUUCAACGGUCUUCAACGAUUAACUCUCUCCAAAAAACAUGGGAAAUUGUAUUCGGCGUUGAAAUCGAUGAAAGAUGGAGAUAUUCUACCACUUGAUGCUAGGAAAUCAGAUGUUUCGUUGUAG